UCCGAUGCACUUCGGUCCACUGCAACAGGAGCAAGAUUUCAUUUAGGAAAGUGAUUUAUAGAAACAAAAGUAAGACUGGACAGAACUGGACAAGGGAAAAGUUGAGAACUCACAAGUCCAGUCUUUCUUUCUUAUUUCUUUAUUUUCAUCCUCAGCGCCUUUUUUUAGCCUAUUUGUUACUCCACCUUUGGACACGGUGAUGCGUGCUGGCUGUCCUCUCUGCACUCUACCUGCGGUGAUGGGCCGGGCCGCGAGAUGAGCAGCGGGCGGUGUGGGGGUGCCAGGGGCGCACGAGGAGGUCUGGACGCUAAGGUCACACAGUGAGAUAGGGCCGAGAUCGCCUCAUGUGUCAGACCUCCUCUGUGUUUUGGUCCCCACUGACCCCCAUCCUACCAGCAUCAGUGGGAUGUCCCAGGUGUGUCUCCUCUUCGCCUUGCUUAUGCUCUGCAACUCUGCAACAAAGGUCUCCUGUACUAACUCCCUGGAGCUUGUGAAGGAGCAGUGGAGCAGCUUCAGAAACCAAUGCCUGGACUACCUCAACGCCACACCCCCCGCCACAGGGCUGGUGUGUAACAGGGCCUUUGACCUGUACGCCUGCUGGCCUGAUGGACUCCCAGGAACCACUGUCAAUGUCUCCUGCCCAUGGUUCCUGCCAUGGUACCAUAAAGUUCAGCAGGGUGUGGUCUACAGAGUCUGCCGUGAAGAUGGUCAAUGGGCGCCAAAGAAUACCAGCGAAUGUGAGGCCGACCCUGGUGAGCACCAGUAUGGCCGCAUCCUCAGUCAGCUGCGGAUCAUGUAUACAGUGGGCUACUCGCUCUCCCUGGGAGCUCUGCUAAUGGCCCUGGGAAUCCUCAUCACCUUCAGGAAGCUCCACUGUAUGAGGAACAACAUCCACAUGAACCUGUUUUCCUCCUUCAUCCUGAGAGCCGUGUCCAUCCUGGUCAAAGACGCCCUGCUGACCCUCACGCUGGCCCCCAGGAGCAGCAGAGACACCCAGACACAAGCCUGGGUCAACAUACCGGCUGUUACGUGGUGCCGUGGUGCCAUGGUGAUGAUGCAGUACAGUGUGAUGGCCAAUAACUAUUGGCUGUUGGUGGAGGGCAUCUACCUGCACAGCCUGCUAGUCAUCACCGUCUUCAGUGAGAGGAAGUACUUCUACAUUUACCUGGCCAUUGGCUGGGGUGCACCACUCAUAUUUGUGUUGCCGUGGAUCACAGUGAAAUAUCUGUAUGAGAACGAGGAGUGCUGGGAGAGGAAUAUUAACAUGGGAUAUUGGUGGAUCAUCCGUUCUCCUAUACUGUUUGCUUAUCUGAUUAACUUCUUCAUAUUCAUACGAAUUAUCAAAAUCCUGAUGUCUAAACUCAGAGCUCAUCAGAUGAGAUACACUGACUACAAGUUCAGAUUAGCAAAAUCCACUCUGACUCUCAUUCCUCUGCUCGGGAUUCACGCCAUCCUCUUCACCUUCGUCAUUGACGAGUCUGUCCCUAAAGGCUCCAUGCUGCGCCUCAUUCGCCUCUUCUGUGACCUGCUGUUCAACUCUUUCCAGGGCUUGCUAGUUGCCAUCCUGUACUGCUUCGUCAACAAAGAGGUGCAGUCAGAGAUGCUAAAAAAGUGGAAGAGGUGGAAGCUGGGUAAGGACAUCGAUGAGGAGUACCGCCACACACACAGCCACACUCCGCACAUCAAGAGCGGCAGUAUUGCCACUGGCAAUCUGCCCUAUCUCCAUGACAACAAUGUCAGUGAUCCCGGCGGUGACUCACCUCGCCUCAACAAGGCUGACAGAGACCCCUCCUGCUCCGCCACACUGGAGGACAACCGCCGACUCGUCGUCUCCUACAGCAACGGGACAAAGAAAGGCGGGCCCGCCAAGAGCAGACACACCCUGCAGUUGUCUUUCCUGCCACACCGAGGCGCUGGCAGUAAUGUGACCACUACCACAGAGGACGCGUGUCUGGAGGAGAAGGUGCAGUGCUGCACAUGCCCUCUGGACGGAGAGGAGACUAAUGUAUGAAGACAACCUGCUCUGAGGCAUCUUCACGAAAACUCUUACUGUUUGUGCUUAUCGAUGUUUCGGAUUAGUGUUUAUCAUGCGCCAACAAAACAGCCUGAGUGGGAGCAACCCACACAGAUCACGAUGUUUUAACCUGCCCAGCAGCAGAUAUUUAUUGGUUUUGGGACGUUAAGCGAAAAAGCACUUAUUGAUUUCAGACAUUAGGAAUGAUAAAAUAAAUUAAAAAGAAACGUGUGUGUGUGUGUGUGUGUGUGUGUGUGUGUGUGUGUGUGUGUGUGUGUGUGUGUGUAAGUGCAUGUGUGCGUGCGUGCGUACAUGGAGGACUGCCAUUUUGCCACCGACCCUGCUCACAUCUUUCCAUCUGUACUGCUACUGCCGUUGUGAGCUGCGCUUGUGUUGUUUUUAAGGUUGCAGCAAUGGACGCUCAUUUGUGGUACUCUCCUACCAAAACAAAAAAUGAAAAGUGUCACUUUUUUGGGUGGUUUUAUGAAGAAUGUGGACUUCAGCAAGCAUGACUCGAGAUGUCUUGUCUCUCAUAUCAAGAUGAAAGAAGAAUUGAGAGAUUCAUUGGACAUCACUGACUCUCAUCACGCAGUGCUUGCAAUGUUGAGGCAGAGGAUUGAUGCUUUGAUCUUCAGAGAGACUAUUAUGUUUAAGUAAUUUUGGUUUUAAAUGACCAAUGCCAAACGAGGAAAUACUAAGAAGCCAUGAUAGGAUUACAGUAAAUCAGUUGGAUCGACCAGGCAUUAAAUCUACCUUUUCAUGCACAUUCCUUCCUCCUUUUUUGUCUAUAAUAACCCCAUCCUUUGCCUUUUGAAACAGAUUUUCCUGACUGAAUGUAUAUGAACAAUGGAGAAAUAUGGGGUGGAACAAUAUUUAAGUGUAUCUAUGUAAUAAGAAAUAUGCCCAUAGCACCUGCAUUUAGGAGACUUAAUUUGCAUUCUUCAUUUGUCUUCAUGCAGAAAAUUCUAUUCUCGACAAACGUUUAGUUUAUUGGAUGAAAAGCAAUUUGGCUUAUGUGAUUUUUAGUGUUGUACAUAAACCGAAGUACCUCCAGAGCAUGGUCAUCAUACUGCUCCAAUCAUUGUCCAUACAGAACAUAAAGUGAUUUUCCACACAAUAGAAAAAGUCAUUUUAUGUGCCAGAAAGGUUUUUCAUUUCAUAAUGAAUGACAUUAUUUUUCUGAAACAAGCACCACGUUUACAACAAAGUAGUCUAUAUUCACGACGUUCCACUUCCGGGAUUGCUAAAGUGCCGCAGGAAAUUCUGCCGGAUACAUGUCUUUUCGC